CGAAAACGGCAGUGACACAGAUAAAGUGGUUCACUGUGAACAACAACUAUAGAAGGCAAUAGAAGGUGGUGGUAAGCACUAAGCAGUAGCCUUCCACAUCCCUGUGACCUCUCUCUCUCUCUCUCGCGUCUCAUUUGCGAGCGAAAAGGUGUGGCGAGGGCGUAGAGAUCAUGAUGGCCAAGAGGGUUUCCGAACUGCAAAUGGAAAAUGAGAUCCUACGCGAAAAGCUUCUGUCGGAUCAAAGAGCAAGGAGGCUGAACAUGAGCCUUGCCAAAGAGGUCGACGUGAAGAAUCAGAGAUUGUGCGAAAUGGAGAGCAAAUACGACGAUACUACCCUAUGUCUUGUUAGGAAGAUCGCGGAGAAUGAUAGGCUCCAACAAGCCUUUGAUGAUGAGAUGAAAAGAAUGGAGCUUAUUGAGUGGGAAAAUAAAAGGCUAAAAUGGGAUUUGGAGUGUCAAAGGCGGAAUAUGCAUUCCAUGAAGCUUCAAAAUGAAAAGCUGAAUAAUGACUUGGUGUGUCAAAGACAAGAGCUUGUGCAACGAGCUAAAGACCUGAAGCUGGAGAAAGCCCAAGUUUACCUUGAGCCAGAAAACAUGCCUGCGGAGAGAGAAGAAUUGAAUGACGAGAGCAUUGUUAAAGUGAAGGAAGUGGAAGGAAGAGAGUAUAUGGAGAACCUAAAUGACUCUCUGGUUUAUGAAGUGCGGUUGUGCGAACUGGAGCACAAGUAUGACGAGACUUGUGCGAUUCUUGUCAAGAAGAUUGCAGAGAAUGAUAGGCUCCAUCAAGCAUUUGCCGAAGCGGAGCUUGUUGGGAAGCAAAAUAAGAAGUUGAAGUACGAAUUGCAGUUCACGAAGAGUCAAAAUGAAAAGCUGAAAUGUGACUUGGAAUAUCAGAGACGAGAACUUGUGAAACGAGUUAAAGAAUUGGAGGAGCAAAACUCCCAAGCUUACGUUGCGCCGAAAAACAUACUUGCUGAGAAGGAAGAGUUGAAUAAUCAGAACACUGUCAAAAGCGAUGACCAUCAUGCCUUGAGAGAAGCAUUGGAGGAAAAAGCAGAAGAGAUACAGUAUAUGGAGAAUCUUAAUAGAACACUCACAUUGAAGGAGCGUAUAUCUAAUGAUGAGCUGCAAGAUGCCCGCAAAGAAGCGAUAAGUGGCUUGCAAGAUAUGCUGAGUGACCGAACAAUCCUUAGGAUUAAAAGAAUGGGGGAGGUUGAUCGCAGACCUUUUAAGGAGCUGUGCUUGCAGAAGUGCUCUGUUGGAGACUGUGAUGAGAUGUCUGCCAAACUAUGCUCUUCUUGGGAAGAAGAAAUGAAGAAUCCACACUGGCACCCUUUCAAGAAAAUUACCAUUGAAGGAAGACUGGAGGAAAUCAUUGAUGAAGAUGAAGAUAAGUUGAAAUUGCUAAGAAAUGAGUGUGGUAACGAGGUCUACAAGGCUGUAGCCAAUGCAUUGACUGAAAUGAACAAUUACAAUUCAAGUGGGAUGUAUCCGGUUCCUGAAAUCUGGAAUACAAAGGAGGGAAGAAAAGCCAGCCUGAAAGAGAUCAUCAAUUACUUAAUCAAGCAAUGGAAGACUAAUAAGCGUAAGAGGAAAGUUGGCUUAGCACGUUAGUUGCACUCACAUCGUGCUGAAGGUACUACCUCAAGUAUUAUUCUCGUUAGGCUUUCUUUUGUGCAAAGAUUUUUAAGCGCGUUUUGCUGCUAGUGGAAGUCAAGUAAGAACACCAACUCCAGUACAGGUGAUUCCAUCAUCUCUCGUCAGCAGUUUGAGUCAAUUAACUUCUAGUUUUGUGAACGGUGGGGUCACUGCACAAUGUACAGUAGUAAGGCAAGAUCUUCCCGUAGCUUUUUGGCAACCAGCUCACCCGUUAGCUCAGGUGACAGGCAUGGUUUUGAUUUGGUCCGGUGAUUCAAAAUAGUGGUUUUGCAAUCUCCUGCAAAUAGCCGAAUAUGAUAAUCUUGUUUCCAGAAUUCCCACAAAGACACGUACAGUAGUAUAUAGAAGGAAAUCGCUUGAAAACUGAAAAGUAUUAGUACUUCGGAUAUAAUAUGAAUCUUAUUGUAGGUUUUGUGGCUGUUCAGCAACACAAUUAUAGUAUCACAGACAGUGCAAUCAUGUCUACUUUGCUGUAA